GGUUGCGCCGGAGACGAUCAAGCCCAAGAGCUGCUCAGUUCGUGGUUAGUGAGAGCAACCGGCCGUAGCUGCCUGCUGCGCGAUAAGCAUCACUGUCGCCGAAAGGCCCGGUCCCGCGGGUGCGUCGUUAUCUUGCCUGGCAACUCUUGGCGCCGGUAAUAGCUGCCGCCCAUGUAUAGGUGGUGACCUUGAGUGAAAUCGAGAGCCAUCGCGGAGCGAUCAGCAAUCAACAUCGAUCAGCACACAGCACGCGCUAACGAUUAUUUGUCACAGCAGCAGCAGCAGUAACAACAAUAACCAUGCAGCUGUUACGGUUGAUGUUGUCGCGCGGCUACCACUCGUCGAAAGGUGUCUUUGGCUACUGCCCGCGCUCACUCCCGCAGUACAAAGGAGCCAGCGAGGACGUGCUGAAACAACGGAAUCAAAACAGUAAUGCGUACCGGUGGAUCGAAGCGUAUCGGAACCAUGGCCACCGGAUGGCCACGAUCGAUCCAGUGCUAUUUCAGGGACCGCUGGCCGACGAAGAAACCAGCGCACCAACGGUGCUCGACUACACCCGUUACGGACUGGCAGCGUCCGAUCAGGUGGACCCGGCUGGAUUGGUGUAUGUGCCAGCGCCACAAUCGACGCUGUCGAUCGGUGAGCUCGAUCAGGUGCUACGCACUCGCUACUGUGGCACGUGCAGUAUCGAGCUGGCGUACAUCGAGUCGGAAGAGGAGCGCGAGUGGCUGAUCGAGCGGUACGAACGGCUCCUCACCGAACGGCCGCUCACCGACGCUGACCGGCGCGAGGUUGCCGAGCUGAUGCUGAAAUCGCAAGCGUUCGAUCAGUUCCUGGCAGUGAAGUUUCCCACCGUCAAGCGGUACGGUGGCGAGGGCGCCGAGAGCAUGAUGGCGUUCUACCGGGAGCUGUUCCGGUGCGUUACCGAGGCCGGCCUGCGCAACGUCGUCAUCGGGAUGCCCCACCGGGGCAAGCUGAAUGCGCUGACGAUCAUGUUUGGCACGCGCCCGGCCAAGAUCUUUCGGAAGUUCAAGGGCCACCCGGAGUUUGCAGAAGGGGUGAAGGCGAUGUGCGACAUUGCUAGCCAUUUUCAUACUGCGGCCGACAUUAGCUGGAAGGGGAAGACGUUCCAUCUCAACAUGCUGCACAAUCCGUCGCAUCUGGAAGCCGUCAAUCCGGUCUCGAUGGGCAAGACUCGAGCCAAGCAGCUCGCCAUCGGCGACGGAGGCUACGGUAGCGGUCCACGUGAUGGGCUGGUCUGGUCGAAAGCGCUGAACGUGCAGGUGCACGGUGAUGCCGCCUUGCCGGGGCAGGGCGUGAACCAGGAGUGUCUCAUGAUGGCGCAGGUGCCCCACUUCGAUGUGGAUGGUACGAUCCACCUAGUCGUAAACAAUCAGGUGGGAUUCACCACUCCGGCCCAGCGGGGACGCGGUACGCGAUACGUGUCCGAUCUAGCCAAAUCCAUCAUGGCACCGAUCGUGCACAUUAAUGGCGACGAUCCAGAGGCGCUGACCUACAUGACGCAGCUGGCGGUCGAGUAUCGGCAGCGGUUCGGGAAAGACUUCUUCAUCGACCUCAACUGUUUCCGACGCUGGGGCCAUAACGAGCUGGACGAUCCGACCGUCACCAACCCGCUGCUGUACGAGGUGAUCCGGCGCCGCCAGUCGAUACCGGAUACGUACGCCCGGCGGCUGAUCGAUGCCGGCGUACUCGACCAGCCGGAUGUGGAUGCAAUGUCGAAAAGCCACCAGAACAUGCUGACAGCCGAGCUGCAGGCAUUAGCGGAGUACGAGCCCGAGCGGAGCUACUUCGAGAAGCAGUGGGCCGGCAUGGAGCAACCCGGCAACGAGGUCACCGUAUGGAACACCGGACUCGACUACCGGUUGCUGGACCACGUUGGGCGGGCAAGCGUCGCCCAUCCGGAAGAUUUUAACAUUCAUCCCCAUGUGAAGAAGACGCAUGUUGACGCGCGGCUAAAGCGAUUGGCCGAAGGACAGCGCAUCGACUGGGCGACAGCGGAAGCACUGGCAAUCGGAAGCCUCAUGUACCAGGGCUACAACGUACGUUUGAGCGGCGAAGACAUCGGCCGCGGUACGUUCGCCCAGCGGCACGCCAUGUUCGUCGAUCAGCGCACGAACGAGAUUCACAUUCCACUCAACGCCAUGGCCGGCGGCGGUGCUGCCAGUGGGCGGCUGGAGCUAGCGAACAGUAUUCUGUCGGAGGAAGCCGUGCUCGGCUUCGAGUACGGGAUGGCCAUCGACAGCCCCAAUACUCUUGUCAUCUGGGAAGCCCAGUUCGGUGACUUUUUCAACGGGGCCCAAAUCAUCAUCGACACGUUCCUCGUCAGUGGAGAAACCAAAUGGAUGGUGUGCAAUGGGCUGGUGAUGCUGCUACCGCACGGCUAUGAUGGUGCCGCGUCCGAGCACAGUUCCUGCCGCAUGGAACGGUUCUUACAGAUGACCGACUCGUGCGAAUCGCACCCAGAUGGAGACGAUAUCAAUCUGCAGAUCGUGAACCCUUCGACGCCGGCCCAGUACUACCAUGUGCUGCGGCGGCAGAUGAUACGUAACUUCCGGAAGCCGUUGGUCGUCGUGGCGCCCAAAACGCUACUUCGGCUGUCGGAGUGCGUUUCGACGCACGUCGACUUUGCCCCCGGGACACACUUCGAACCAGUGUUGCCGGACGCCCUGGAGCUCGAUCCCAAGCGCGUCCGCCGGGUGGUGCUGUGCAGCGGUAAGCACUACUAUACGCUGCAUCAAGAGCGCAAAGCACGUGCUCUGUCGGAUGUGGCACUACUGCGUUUGGAAUCGCUGUGCCCGUUUCCGGUCCAAUCGCUGAACAAUGAGCUUACCAAGUACCCGAAUGCACGAGAGUUUGUCUGGAGCCAGGAGGAACAUCGCAAUAUGGGCGCAUGGACAUUUGUGCAGCCUCGAUUUGAGAACAUGUGUGAACGACGGCUCCAAUAUUGUGGACGACCGGAGGCGGCGACCGUUGCAGUUGGUGUUGGGCCCUGGCAUGCACAAGAAGCGGAGACGGUGAUUAGGUCUACUUUUCAAUAAUGCUAGUCCGGACUAUCUCGUUUCUAGCAUUUAUUUUCUAACCACAAAUCCCUAAAUCCGGUCAUCCGGGAUUUGUUCAGAGGAUGUUUACAAAAGAAAGAGUAACCAGCCUUUAACUUAAUCAGUAACGAAACGACUAGAGCCUUUCCGGCGUUGCUCGAUAUGCUUUGGAAGAUGAAGAAUUUUUUCCACCACGAUCAACCACUGCGCAAAACCUUAUCUUGGCAAUUUUGGUCCAAAGUUGUUCAGUUUUUAGCUAUAGUUUUUCUUUAUUACUAUCUUGCAUAAUGCAUUAUUUUAUUAAAUGUUAUUUCAUAAUGCUCAUUUUAGUAUUGUAUAUAGCCUUCCUAGAUGCCUUCCUAUCCAAGUUAGUAGCCGGUGUCGACAUCACGGAUUCAUCUCCACUUUGCCACGUACAGCAUAUAUUCUAUUCCGGAGAUUUUUCGUUUUGUUUUGUUACUCACCGAACGUCCACAACGGUGUCAUAUGCCGGGCAAGUGUGUUGAUAUAAUCGAACGUUUGCAGUAUCAGUUUGUUGUCGGUGCGGUAGAUCGCUUCGAAACCUCGGUGCAGAAUAGCCACGUGAGGUAGGCCACUGUCGACGAGAAAUUUGGCAAACAACAACGCACUCUGAUGCGCGACACCUACAACAAUAACAAUCACAGGCGGCUGGCGACGCAGGUAUGCCUCAAGCUUCGGUAUGUUGAGUGCCUCGAGCCGACACUCCUUCAGCGAUACCGAGCUGAACGGUACGUUGAUGCUGUUUUCGAUCGCCGCUUUACGAUAGUCGAGAUUGCUGCGAAUGUCGAGGACAGCCGUGCUGGAGUGACGAUCUCGAAGCAGACAAAUCAAAUCAUACACGCUAAUCCGAGGAUGCAGCUCGGUCUGUACGUCUCGCAGAUCAGCCUCGCUGUAGUUUAAAUCCUAAAAGUAAGGGAAGAGUUGUCAUCAACAACAUUUCAACCGCAGUAACUUUGUAGCUGUAAUAUGACGAGCGUGAAGGGAACCUACAAAUUCUUCUGGGGCUUCCUCGUGCAAGGCGAACUGCCGGUACGUAAUGCUCUUGGGCGUGAACUGGUACAUCGUUUCCGAGUCAUUCACACAUGUUUCAAUGACAAUGUCGGGAAGAUCGCUGAACAGUAGAAUGCACUCGUUGAACCCCGAUUUUAACAAAGUACCCUUGAGCUGCCUCAAAAUUGCAAUACCGAUAAAGAGCGGAUAGGAACUAUCUCCUAGAAUCAAUUUGUCCCAGAGAUGAAAUAUUUUAUGCAGCGGAAACACAUCUGCAAGAAGACACGAAAGAACAAUUUUUUCAUUCAAACCCAUCAGCGAGCGAGAAACAUAUCAGCAGCACACUACUAACGGCUAAACAUUGUCAGAAACCACGGAAUUGCGUACAACUCGGGAAUAAAAUUGAUGCCGUGCAGGUGGCGUGCCAAAACGGGUUCGUGGAAGAAAAUCAGUUGUGAAAAUUUCACCAGAUACUCCUUAAUGACCGACGAGUUGUCCUUUAGGAAAAACAGA